GAACAGGCUUAGGCAAAGCUUGCCAGGUGCUACGAUGAAGUUUUUUAUUGAUGAUCUGCCUGUUCUUUUCCCAUAUCCGCGAAUAUAUCCCGAACAGUAUGCAUACAUUUGCGAUCUCAAGAAAACGCUGGAUGUUGGUGGGCACUGUGUCCUGGAGAUGCCGUCUGGAACUGGGAAGACUGUGUCUCUAUUAUCGUUAAUUAUUGCAUAUCAGCAACAUUAUCCAUCGCACAGAAAACUAAUAUAUUGCUCUCGAACGAUGUCUGAGAUCGAGAAAGCGUUGACAGAAUUGCGAGAAUUAAUGAAAUAUCGAGAACAGCAGUUAGGAUAUACAGAGGAUUUUAGGGCACUGGGUCUUACCAGCAGAAAGAAUCUUUGUCUUCACCCCUCCGUGAGGCGAGAAAAGAGUGGUACCGUCGUGGAUGCUCGAUGUCGGAGCCUAACGGCCAGUUUCGUGAAAGAGAGAAAGGAAAAAGGGGAAGAUGUCGAGCUAUGCCUAUAUCAUGAGAAUCUUGAUUUAUUAGAACCAAGUAACCUCGUUCCGCCUGGCGUAUUCACGCUUGAUGGUCUCAUUAGAUAUGGAGAGCAGCAUAAGCAAUGUCCCUACUUUUCUGCUCGACGAAUGAUGCCCUUCUGCAAUGUUAUCAUAUAUUCAUAUCAUUAUCUACUCGAUCCGAAAAUUGCGGAGCGAGUCUCGAAGGAGCUCUCAAAAGAUUGCAUAGUGGUAUUCGAUGAGGCCCAUAAUAUCGACAACGUCUGCAUUGAGUCUCUCAGCAUCGAUAUAACCGAGGACUCGCUGCGAAAAGCUGGUCGUGGUGCAAACAACCUGGGCCAUAAGAUAGAUGAGAUGAAGAGGUCGGAUGCUGCGAAGUUACAGAAGGAAUAUGAAAAGUUAGUUGAAGGCUUAAGAGAAGCCGACCAAGCGCGAGAAGAAGAUCAGCUUAUGGCAAAUCCUGCCUUACCAGAUGAUCUGCUUAAAGAAGCAGUUCCAGGAAAUAUUCGGAGAGCAGAGCACUUUGUUGCGUUUCUAAAGCGGUUUAUCGAAUACUUAAAGACUCGUAUGAAAGUGCUACAUGCGAUCUCUGAAACGCCGCUCUCUUUCCUCUCUCAUCUUAAAGACCUGACCUAUAUUGAGCGCAAGCCACUAAGGUUUUGUGCGGAACGACUCACAUCGCUUGUUCGAACUCUAGAACUGAUGAAUAUCGAGGAGUAUCGGCCCCUUCAAGAGAUAGCAACCUUUGCGACAUUGGUUUCCACCUACGAAAAGGGGUUUCUCCUCAUCCUUGAGCCGUUUGAAUCGGACACUGCAACAGUUCCAAAUCCUGUGCUUCACUUUACUUGCUUAGAUGCAGCAAUCGCUAUUAAACCUGUUUUCGAGAGGUUUGGGUCAGUGAUCAUUACCUCGGGUACCCUCUCGCCUCUUGAGAUGUACCCAAAGAUGCUUGGAUUCCAAACUGUGCUUCAGGAAUCGUACAGUAUGACUCUUGCGCGACGCUCCUUUUUACCAAUGAUCGUCACUCGUGGCUCUGAUCAGGCUCAAAUCUCUUCUGCCUUCAAGAUUCGUAACGACCCUGGGGUCGUUCGAAACUACGGAAAUUUACUCUUGGAAUUUUCUCGCAUUACGCCCGAUGGAAUAGUGGUAUUCUUCCCAUCAUACCUUUAUAUGGAAUCUAUCAUCAGUAUGUGGCAAGGGAUGGGAAUUUUGGAUUCAAUAUGGAAUUAUAAAUUAAUCCUCGUUGAAACUCCCGAUUCUCAAGAGUCAUCUCUUGCACUUGAGACGUAUCGCACAGCGUGUUGCAAUGGCCGCGGUGCGAUUCUGCUCUGUGUCGCUCGUGGAAAGGUUUCCGAAGGAAUUGAUUUUGAUCACCAUUAUGGUCGUGCGGUGCUCUGCAUUGGCGUUCCGUUCCAGUACACAGAAUCACCCAUUCUGAAAGCACGACUUCGGUUCAUGCUGGAGAACUACCGAAUCAGAGAAGAUGAUUUUCUCUCUUUCGACGCCAUGCGGCACGCAGCGCAGUGUCUUGGACGCGUUCUUCGAGGCAAAGACGAUUACGGGAUUAUGGUCCUUGCUGACCGUCGUUUCCAGAAGAAACGGAACCAACUCCCGAAGUGGAUCAGUCAGAAUAUUCUUGAGAGCGAAACAAACUUGAGCACGGACAUGGCUGUGGCGACGGCUAAGAGUUUCUUGCGAACAAUGGCUCAGCCGUUUAAGGCUAAAGACCAAGAAGGUAUCUCCACCUGGAGUUUAGCUGAUCUGGAGCGCCAUCUAGAGAAGCAAAAGGGUGAAGCUGAGAAGAAAUAUCAGGAGGCUAACCAACGACAUGCUGCGCUACCAGCUGCUAACGGUGCAAAUAAUAAUGGAGAUUUGGAAAUGUACGACGAUGGUAUUGACGAAGACCUCAUGAUGCUGGACGCCGAAUAA